AUGCAUAAAAAGUUAAUCGACAUUGUUGAUAAGCCUGUUGUGACUGCUCCUGCUGAUCCAAACAACGCUGAAGCAAGUAAGGCUUAUGAUAAGUACUUGGAACAAUGUCUUACUGCUAAGUGUAUCAUCCUAGCAUCCAUGAGUCCUUAUCUUCGGAGGCAACAUGAGGAUAUGACUCCUCUUGAAAUCAUUGGACAUCUUAAGAAGAUGUACGGUGUACAAAGUAGAACAUCUAGAUUUCAGUUGUCUAAAACUUUGUUUAGGUCCUUGUUGAGUGUAAAUGAUCAAGUUGGACCUCAUGUUCUUAAGAUGAUUGAUCUCAUUGAACAACUUGAGAAGUUAGGAUGCACAAUUGGGAAAGAGAUUUCUCAAGAUUUGAUUUUACAAUCACUUCCUGAUUUGUUUUCACAAUUUGUUAUAAAUUUUAAUAUGAAUAAGAUGGAUAUUGAUUUUCAUGAAAUGCUUAACCCGUUGAUUGAUUAUGAGAAUCAAUUUUCCUCGGAAAAGAAGAAAGGAACUAUCAUGGUUGUUGGCAAGACCUUUAAGAAAAAGGUAAAAGGAAAGUUUAACUCAAAAAAGAAGCCUUAUGGACCUACGAGUGGUGUUAUCAAACCCAAGCACAAAAAAGGUCAAUGUCAAUCAGAUUAA